AUGGCUAGUAGUACAGAUAGAGAGAUAGACGGAAGGGUAGAUAGACUAGGGUGUAAGAUAGGCGAAAGAAGGUAUAGAGUAUGUAGAGGUAGAGGACGGAAAAGGCAUCGGAUUAUAGUAGGGAAUGGAGAGGUAGUAAGAGGAGGGUUCGAGGAGACGAUUAAGGUAGGUGCGACAGAAGUAGAAAGACAUGAUGACGAAGAUAAAGAUAAAGAUAAAGAUAAAGAUGAAGAUAAAGAUGAAGAUGAAGAUAAAGAUAAAUAUAAAGAUGAAGAUAAAGAUAUGGCAGAUAAUAUAGAAGCGUUAACAUAA